UGCUGAGCAAUGACUUACCAUAUAAGGAACCCAAAAUAUCUACAAAAAGUUUGAGCCUAUUUUUUCUUCUUUCUAACGGCUUUUUCUUUUUUUUUUAAAAAAAACUAUACAAAAAAAUGAUGGGAAUGUUUAAAGGCGAUGAAAAGAACGGGGAAGAAGAAAGAUCUGAUUUCAAUCUGACUUUCUCUGCUGUAAAAGCGUUUUCAAGCAAAGAUGUGCUGAUUUGUGGUUCUCACGGUAAUAUCUAUGCCAUUCAUAAAACGGAUGGAAGUCAACUUUGGCAAACCACAUUCAAAGCCAUGGGUGGUAUCAUCUCGUUAUUUGUCACAGAUGAUGAUAAAUUAAUUGCUGGUGCCUAUGGUAAAACCGCCAGUUUCGAUUUAAUGACAGGGGCCAUGAUUUGGGUGAAUAAAAUGCCCGGAUUCGGGUAUGAGGAAGUGUCAAUUGUUACUACACCCAGUAGAAUAUUGAAACCCAAAAAGAACCCCGAACAACAACCCGCCACAGAUGAUAUGGAAUUACCGCCUCAUUAUAACGAUGCCGUGGUACCGGAAAGAGCGAUUGUAUUGGCAUGUUCACGAGGCAAAGCCAUGGGUAUUGACAUAGAGACAGGCGAAACAUUAUGGACAUACAACUGUCCGGGCGGAAGAUAUAAUAUUCCUGUGGUAAUUGUGGAACCACCUAGUAUGGAAGAAGGCAGACCAAAUCAACUUGCAUACAUUGGUGCAGCUAAAUGGGUCUACUGUUUAAUUGCUCAAACAGGUGCUGUGGUCUGGUCUGCCAAGGUUGCGUCUGGUAUGUUUGGAGCCGAUUUCAUGACAUUGGCUACCCCCUGGAGCUCGCGUUUGGCGGCCGAAUCACAUUCAGCUUUUAGUCAGAAUCCUGCACCACAGUACUUGGAACUUCAACGCCAGAAGGCAUCAAACUCUUCCUCGUAGUUUUCAGAAUAAAUUUAUUAUGUAUGUAUGUAUGUAUGGCAUACUUUUAAGACAUUUUUUUGUGUGUGUUUUGUUCUGACAGACAAAAUGCAAUACCCCCUCUCCU